UAUUAUGGCAACACCAUUGUUGACGGCCAUGAAAAAGAAUUCAGUCAUGCGAGCAAAAAAAAUGUGAAUUGUUAAAUUUGUUUUUUAAAUAUUUCAGCAAAUAACCAGUGAAUUCAGCCAGAAACAAAGCAGAUAUCUGCGUUGGCACCUUAUCUUUGUGUUUGCAUAAGUUGUUAAAGUUAAUUUAAAUUUUUUCACCGUAAAAAAGUGAUAAUUAUGCGUUGAGUGCUUUUUUUUGUCAUUUGAGAGGCCUGUCAUAGGUAUUUUUUUGGUUUUUACAUUAUUGAUUACUUUGUCUUGCCGUGCUAAGCCCGCGCCGUUGUAUCAUUUCUCGUCAAAGGUGUUAUUUAAAGUUUAAGUUUCGUCCAAAAACUUUGUUUUAACUUGUUGUUUUGAAUUCUUUAGUGAUGUAAACUUUGUUGGUGAUCGUAUCACUGCAAGUUUUGUAAACAUUUCAAGUGAAAAGUGUUUUGUUUCUUUUUUCAUCCACAUAAUGAGGUGGAUUAUGAUCUUAUUUGCGUUAAAAUCGUUGUGAUUUGAACAAAAAAUGGAAGUAGACCCGUUAAGUACUGAAUGUAUAAUAUUUGAGAGCGUUGAAUAUGCCAAGGAUAACGUUGAAGACAUAAGCAGCCAUGCUGUUAUAAAAGAAGAAGAAAAUGGGUUCGAUUACGUUGAAAAACCUCAACAGAGUGAUGAAACAAGUACGUUAGUCAAAGAUGAAACUGAAGCAACUACGUUAAUAGUUUCACCUGUAGUUGAUUCAACAACAUUGGAUUCAACAGAACAUAAAGAACCAAAAAUUAAAGUUAAAAAGGAAAAGAAAAAGGAUAAAAAGCUAAAAGACAAGAAAUCAAAAGUCAAAAUUGAAAAACAACCCAAAAAACGUCAACGCCGAAUAGCAAACUAUGAAAUGCCAGAAGAAAUACCUGGUGCUAUACCGUUUUAUGGCUGUUCCGUCUGUGAUACCAAAUACACAUCACUUCAAGCGUUACAGUACCACGUAACACAACACAAAGAUAGGUUAACCAGUUGGGAUUUACGAGUCAAGAACCAACAAAUAAAAAAGAAAUUAAAAAAAGAAAAAAAGAGGUUAAAAAAACUAAAAGAGGGUGUCAAGGAGGAGGAAGUGAAAGUCAAAGAAGAAGUAGAAUUGCCCGUAGAUUUGGAAGAAUUUGUAGAAAAUCUAGCCAACAACACAAACGAAUCUGCAGAUCUUUUAACAAACAACCAAAUACCAGCUAGUUUCAAUAACCAAAAUGACAAUGCCGAAAACACUCCUCAAAAUAGUGAAACUAAUGAUAACGUAACUAGUGACAACCAAAACCAUUCUAGCGAAAAUGUAAAUAACUGCAAUAACAACGAAACUGAAGAAAACGGAGAGGUGAACAACACGCAGGACCAAUCCUUGAACUUGGAGAAAAUAUUCAAGUGUGGACUGUGCUUGAAACAGUUCUCUCUAGGCUACUACCUCAAGUUACAUGUCAGAUCUCAUACGGGCGAAAAGCCCUACCACUGCGACCAGUGCGGCAUCUCCUUCAUAACCGCCUCUAAGCUGGGCCGGCACCGCAAGCGAGCCCACCUCGCUGUGCGCUUCGAGUGCCGCAUCUGCCACCGCACGUACACGAGACUGGAGUUCCUCACCAGGCACUUUAAUAAGCAUCAUGCAGAGGAUAAGAUCGAGGGGGAGCCUUAUGACUACAACGCCAUCUUGCCGUACUUAAAAGAACUAGAAGAAGAACUCCAACGGAAGAAAGAGGAAGAAAUGAAACAAAAACAAGAGACAAAAGACGAAUUCUUCCCAUUCUUAGACAGCAAACCGAGCACCGAAGAACUUUGGCCCUUAUGCCCGGAGACGGUAAAGCAGGAAAUUGAGGUUAAGCCAGAGAUCAAGCAAGAGUGUGAUGUACAGGAUGAUGUUAUGGAUGUGGGAGCCGAUGACUUCCACGAUAGCUUCCCAGAGGAGGAUCUGGCACCGCUGCCUAUGAAGAAUGAGGACCAAUCCGACGAAGACUAUUUCCCAGAAGACACCUGGCUUCCCCCCGUCUCACCAAAAAUAGAAGUGUCAGACCUAAAGCCCUUAAAGUCUAAGAACAAGAGGCUAGGUUCCAAUGGCGCACUCCAGUGUGAAAUCUGCGAAAAAAGUAUUAAGUCACAGUCGUAUAUGAGGAUACAUUUAAGGACGCAUAGCGGCGAUCGGCCGUACAAGUGUUAUGUUUGCAAUAAAGGAUUUAUAACGGCCAGCAAGAUGAAUAGGCAUGUUAUGACGCAUGGCAUGGAUUGGGAUAGUGAGAAACAGAAGGAGGCGGAUGAAGUUGCGUUGAAGAACGAGGCCGAGGAUGCGGAUGGAGUGAAGGAUGAGAACAACCCAAAAGAGCGAAAGAAGCUAAAGCCCGGCAGAAAACGCUCCAAAGUCCCCAUCCCACCAAAACACAAGCCAGAAUACAUUAACGGGGAAAAAGUGAACCGACGAAAACAGAAGCGACCACACGCGUGUGAAUUCUGCUAUAAAAGAUUCUUAUACGUUGAAGCUUUACAAAUACAUAUGCAUGUGCACAACGGGGAGCAAAAGUCGUAUGUGUGUAAUUUCUGCCUGGAUAAAUUUGACGAUGAAGAGUCUUUGAAGACGCACGAAGUGUGUCAUGGGGGCCCGCAGCCGUAUCUGUGUACGAUUUGUGGGAGGGCGUAUAAGAAGAAGGAGUCUAUGGUGUACCACCGGCGCAUGCACGACAGCGACAAGAAGUUCCAGUGCGACGUGUGCCCCAAGUCCUUCAACGCGCAGUGCAAGCUGCAGAGGCAUCUGAUGAGCCACCGGCCGGACAAGUACGUGGUCCGCUACGAGUGCCCGGUGUGCGCGCACAUGUUCAACACCAAGUACCACGUCGAGAUGCAUCUGAGCACGCACGAGAAGGAGGGCGUAAUCCUCCAAGAGAACCGGGGCCAAGUCCUAGCCAUGGUGAUGCAAAACGCCAGAAAAAUACCGCUAGAAAACGACAGUCCAUCCUCCCAAAAGAACCUAAUACCAAGCGACGAGCGAAGCCGCAUAUGCAACAUAUGCGGCGAAAUAUUCAACCACUUCUACUACUUAGAACAACACUUAAAAACACACGGCUCGAAAUUCUCCAUAGAAACACAACAGGAGGUUGAAGAAAAGAAGUACAUUUGUCAAGUGUGCAAUAAAGGAUUUAAGCUAAGCUACUACUUGAAGCUACAUAGCUUCACACAUACUAAAGAGAAACCGUAUAUUUGUCAGCAGUGCGGAAAGGGGUUCAUUACGAAAGGUAAGCUUAAGAGGCAUUUAGAAACACACGCGGGGCUGAAAAAGUACCAAUGUCAUAUUUGUUGUAAGUUCUUUACUAGGCCUAGUUACUUGAGGAUACAUGUGAGAACGAUACAUGGCAAUCAGGACUAUAACUUUAAGGCUGACAUGGACUAUGAUAUGGGUAUGCCCAUGGUGGAUAAUUGUGGUAUGUCAAUGACCCAUGAUAGUGUUUGAAGCUAAAGAUUUAUGAAUCAUGGGAAUUAGAUGUUACCGCACAAGUACACUUAAGGUUUUUUAAAUAACAUAAAAAUGUUGGCAUUGUUUUAGGAAAAUAUUGUGUUCUGUUUUACAUUUAUUAUGGUUGUGGUGAAUCAGGACUUUCUUAUAAACAAAUAUGACAAUGGCAGACGAAUUCACGCUAUAAAAAACGUUGCAAAAGUGGUAUUUUGCUCUAUUCUAUUCUCUGUGGGGGUGUAAGUAACUGGCUCUCCAGAGUGGAGCCUUUAUGCAUAUCCCCAAAGUCUAAACUGCCUCACUUUUGCUCUGUAAUUUAUCUAUAAAUGGUUAUAAUGAAGAGACAACGACAUAAAGAGCCAAUAGAGGGCAUAAUAUUAUUUUUUAAUUAACAGUUACCUAACACUAAUUUUCAAUUAUUUCAUCACAUUUAUAAACAUAAUAUCAAAUAGGUUUUAGGGCAGUUUUUCUAGCAAAAGUUUUCAACUUUUAAAUCGUUUGGAUAUCAAUUAUUAAGUUGUUACAGAAACUUCGAGCAACUGGACAGUUGGUUCUGUAUCCGGGAAUUCUUGGUUACGUAACUGUAUCUUUGUGGUUACGAAACCGGCUGUUUCACUUUAAAUCAUGUAAUCUAUAGUUGACUACAGCAACCAUACCCAAGUUGCUCAAUUAAUAUUAUGUACGCAAAACAAAUACAUACAUAGAUUUUACUAAAAUGUAUAUAUUUUUUUAAAUGUUACCGGUUCAUACCUGAUGCAGUAGGUUUUUCAUAUUUUAAUUAUUAUUAAAAGUUAGCUAGGUACUUACAUUGUUGUUAAAAUAAGAUUUUAUUGGCAACAUAAUUUAAUAUUAAGUUGCUGAGAUAGACUCUGCAAUUUUGUUUAAACUCGGUGUCGGGUUUCGCGUUAUAUUUAUCAAUUUUUUGUGCUGUGAAUAUGAUUACUAUUAUCUCAAUUCAUCUUUUGUAUCUCAAUGUUACUGUUAAUUUUUAUGUUAACUGUUAAGUCCCAGUUUAGUAUAGUGAACA